AUGGCGGACGAGGAGACAGAACGAGAAGGGGGAACGAAAAUCGGUACCGAUAAAAUGCAUUUGUCUCUGCGAGAACGACUUCAGCAACUGGCCACUGCACUGAAGGACAGUCCGGAGUCUCCCGUUCGUGCUGCCACCGAGUAUUGCCAGAAAUUUUGCCAGGUUCUGGUGGAGUUUGCAGCCCAGUGGAAAGUAGAUGUCGAUCCGUGGCCUUUGCUGGAGGUGAACACAGAGGCCAUAUUGAGCUAUGCGGAAGCCACCCCCUAUCUUUCCUCAGAGUGUGAAAACGUGUCCCUCAUACUUGAACGACUGACCCUGAGCUGUGCGGAGCUUUUGCUAGCACAGACUGAGCUGAUCCCGAGUGGUCUGUGGGAAAGGUUCCAGUCCUCGGUGCAGACAUCCCACAGUCUCUUGCAGCAGAAUGGGAACUCUCAGCUGCGCAUGCUGUGUGCGCUGUUGAAGGAGAGGGGUGUGUGGACCAACAGCACGCUGUGUCAUAUUCUGUCAAAUGAUAUGCUCCAAACAGAGAAAGUUCAUGAAUUUCUUGCACUGGAAGGGCCUGUUCUUCUGGAGCUCCGUAUGAAGCAGCUAAAAAACAGCAACCAUUUUGAAAAAGCUGCUUUGCUGGCUAAGCAAUGUGCAGAGUACCCUGAGUUUGAAGGAAGGGCCAACUUCAUGCAGACAUACCUGGUCUGUCUGUGUGCUGCUGAACCACAAGAACAGCUAAUGCAAAAGAUUUCUGAGGUGGACUGUAAAGACAUACUGGAGAUGGUCUGUAACCUUGAAUCAGAUGGAGAUGACAGAGGAGCCCUUUGUUUGUGCUCCACCUUUCUCACCCGCCAGAUUCUCCAGAGUGAUGUUUACUGUGCUUGGGAACUGACACUGUUCUGGAGUAAACUGCUGAAGCGGGUGGAACCAUCUGCACAGGUGUUCCUGGACCGGUGUCGUCAGUUGUCACGACUGUCUAAGUCUGUCUACCACAUUCUUUUCCUUAUCAAAGUUGUUCAGGCUGAGCUGCAAGAUGAGGGUCUACCUGUGUGCAUUGAAAUGUGCAUUCAAGCCCUGCGGAUGGCAUCCAGCAAUGAAGGAAAUGUUAAGGCCACUAUAUGCAAAACCAUCUCUUGUUUGCUGCCUACUGACCUGGAAGUGAAACGGGCAUGCCAGCUUACGGAGUUUCUUCUGGAGCCGACAGUGGACUCCUACUAUGCUGUAGAAGUGGUAUACAAUGAGCCUGAUCAGAAGCUGGAUGAGAACAACUCCCCGGUACCAUAUUCAUUGCGCUGUGAGCUUCUUUUGGUCUUUAAGACCCAGUGGCCUUUUGACCCAGAAUACUGGGACUGGAAGGCUUUGAAACACCACUGCUUGGUGCUCAUGGGAGACCAGUCAUCCAUAGUUUCUUCCAUCGACGAGCUCAACGACUGCAAAAGCCUGGAUGAGCUUGAUGGUGAUGAGGAGGGAGGCAAAAGUCAUGAUGAUUUCAAAGACCCAACAGAUUAUUUUCUGGACACUACCAACCAACUGAAUGAAAUUGAGGAUGAAAGACAGAAAAAGAGGGAAAUCAAGAAACUUAGAGAGAAAGGAUUUAUAUCUGCAAGAUUCAGGAACUGGCAAGCUUAUGUGCAGUAUUGCGUGCUCUGUGACAAAGAGUUUCUUGGGCAUAGGAUUGUUAAACAUGCACAGAAGCAUUAUAGUGAUGGGGUUUACAGCUGUCCAAUAUGCACAACAAACUUUGAUUCCAAGGAGCAGCUCAUUCCACAUGUAACAUUGCAUGUGAAACAGUCCUGCAAAGAGCGACUUACUGCCAUGAAAGCAAGUAGGGUUUCAGCAACUUCUAAAAAAAACAUUUCUGACCCUUCUUCCAACCAGAAAACUGAGUCUGUGAUUGGGGUUUUUGAGGAAGAACAGAGCAUGGAGCACUUUUGUCCUGUUACAAACUGUCAAAAGAGUUUCAAAUUUUUCAGAAACAUGAUAGCCCAUGUGAGAACCCAUGGCAACAAUGAAGAAGCUAAAUGUUUUCUUGAAAUACAAAGCAAAAAGGUGGUGUGUAAUUAUUGUCGUCGGCAGUUUGUCAGCAUUGCCCACCUUAACGAUCACUUACAAAUGCACUGCAGUGACAAGCCGUACAUUUGUGUGCAGCUGAGUUGCAAGGCCCGGUUCCUCUCCAACACUGAGCUGCUUUUGCACGGGAAGGAGCAUACUACGUUUAAAGCGAAAUGCAUGUUUCCAGACUGUGGAAAGAUUUUCACCGAAGCCUACAUGCUGUAUGAUCAUGAAGCACGGCAUUACAACACAUUCACUUGUAAAGUUUCAGGCUGUGGUAAGAUAUUUCAUGCAAAGUCUCAGCUGGAUUUGCACCAAGAAGACCAUGUCACGAAACAUCUCCUUACUGAGGCGCAAACUCCGGUGUCAAUGGAUGUGAAGACUGAGCCACCCACUGAAAUCCUUAUUGACCAGGAGCCAAACUGCCCUUCUAUGAAUACAUUGCUAUCAAAUGAUGAGGAUCACCACUUGGAAAGUGCAGUGCAGUCAGUGUCAAGUUCUACCAAUGAGAUGGUGACUCUGCAAGCUAGUCCAAUCAAAAUAAAGCACUCUGUUGAGAGUAUGCUGAACACAGCUAGUUGUUCCAUGCAGGGGGUUGAGCAAAAUCUUUCUUUAAAGGUUGAGCCACCUGCUGAACAUCAACAAAUACCAAAUGCUUUGGUUCAGUCUUCAGGGAACAUGUAUGCCUCUUACUCAGAGCAACCAAAGUUGGAGAAUCUGUUACCAUCUCAAAUGGGCUCACAGGGUCAAAGUGGCACUCUGAAUCGCUGUGUUGCACAGAAUUUGCAGGCCCCUUCAGCCUCAGAUGUUCCGCAAUCUCAUGCUCAGAAUCUGGUUUCAUUCCCUACUUCAGAUACAAGUAAUCCAGACUUUUUACCUACUCAAUCACUAGAUUGGUCCUGCAAUCAUAGUCAAUCUGAAAAAAACUUGCAGGACCCUCCGUUAGAGUGGAAUCGUCCUGUAACCUCCUAUAGUGUCUCCUGUAAAGGUGAUCCUCUUGAAUCUUCCCAACAUGUAAGUGAAGACUGUUAUAGCUACACAGGCUCAGGGCCAGCAAACCAAUCCUGCACUUUUGACAAGCCGCUAGUUGUGCAGCAGAUCCCUCCCUGUAUGUCUAAUUUUAAUUCUGUUGCUACGAAAUCUGUUGCGGCUACAGUGAUUUCUGCUCAGCCUGCUAUAGGCCUGGUUGUCAGCAGUAAAACUCUAGGUAAUAUUACCCAUCAAUCCAGUUGUGGUCCUACUGCACCUAAGGCAGCAAAGGAGAGGCACUAUUGCCAAUUUGAGACAUGUUCUCGGAAUUACAGCUGUGCAAAAAGUGUCAAUAAGCAUAUGAAAACGGUGCAUCCUGAGUUCUAUAUACAAUGGAAAUUGGCAAAGGAGAACAGUAAAGUCUCAAAAGGCCCUACAAGGAUGCGGCCUAUCAAGAUGAACAAAGUAUCUCCUGCAGCAGAUACUCAGAGCACUAUGAACCAACAGAUGCCGUAUGCAACCUGUUGUAGAAAAAAUCCACCUGUUUCUCCUGGCAAGUUCUCAGAAAAUUUCUUCAAUGCUGUGUUACCAUCUCAGCCUGGACAAUCUCAUAAUGAGGCUGUACUUAACCGGACCGGACCAAUGCAGACUGACAUUGCAAAUUGCCCACUUCUGCCUUUAAUUAUUGGUAACCAUUCUGAAAUUUCCACUCAGACGACCCAUCCUUCAGAGUGCUUGCCACAAGAACUUCAGUCUCCUGCUAGUCAAGUUUUCCCUUCUGAAAUGACCAAAUCACAGGCUGGCUAUCCUUCACAGACGGUCUGUGUUCAUGAAUUAGGUACAGUGAACCCGAUUUAUAAUGGAAUAUCAGGUGUAGGUAAGACUUCAGCUGCUCAUGGUACAAACUCAUUUGUGAUGACUCCGAUUUGCAGUGGAACUUUGCAGAGUGAGAUCCAGGCAGACGCAGAUCUGGUUAAUUCAGUAGAUAAAUUGCCUUUAUUGAAUAACAAUGGGCCUGCUUUCCAGACCAAUGACAGUAAAGGUUCUAUUCCUAUCUUCCAGUCACCCAUGGACCAGGGUUCACAACUAUCAGCUCUCCUGUUAGGUGAAAGGUCCUGUCCGUCUCAUUUCUCUACCAGUGUACAUCCUGAUGCACCUCCCCUGAAAAUGGAUGAAGGAUUAGCAAAUGUUUCUUCAUUCAAUCACACCACACUACCUAAUGAGCGUGCAGUAGCCAGGUCUAUGCUGGUAUCGACUAUUAAACAAAAAAGCCAACUUGUGGUGCCCUCAGGUUUACAAGAUCCAACAGGCAAUUUAGCAAGUCCUGUAUUGCCUUUGCAGUUGCAGAGCAGUUCAUCUUCAGGGUUGAUCACUUCAGAAAGAAUAGCUAAUUCAGAAAUGAGUCUCCCAUCCAUUGAAGGAGACUUACUUUCGAGAGUUGAUGUUGAAUCCUUGGAUAAGAGUAACAUUUCAAGUCAAGAAGCAACCACACAAAUGAAAAGAGCCAGACACAGCAAAAGAUCAAAGUGGCCAGCUAUUCUUAAGGAUGGGAAGUAUAUAUGUUCCAGAUGCUUUAGAGAAUUCCAGAGCCCCAAAUCACUUGGAGGUCAUUUAUCAAAGCGAUCCCUUUGUAAAGAUACUAAUCAGACUGGCUUGAUUGGCCAAGUUCCUCCACCGUUACUUGAUUACAAGUCUCCACAGACUACAGAUAUCUAUAACCAAGCAGCAGCCUCAAACAUGAAUCCAAACAUGCACUGUAAAGACCAGCCAGGGCAGUUAUUCAGUGGUGCUAUGGAACAAGUGUUCUCUCCCAAUGUCACUUUAACACAAUCUAAUCCUUCAGUUGGUGAGGAUGGGAAAGACGGUGAAUCCCUGCAAAGGUUUUUUGAUGAACUCCCCAUUUCUAGCCAUUCUAGUUUUGAGUCCUCUCAGUUUGCUCAAGGGACAUUCCACAAACCUUGUGAGUCGUACACAUCUGAUGGCCUUUUAGCAGAGAGCACAGUCAUACAGCACACAGGAAAUCUUAAUUUUAACACGGAAAAAGAAUGCUGUAAGGAGGGUUUCAAGUCUGAACUGCAGCUGGACAGCAGUAUUUUGUCUCAAUCUCUCCCUGCUGUACAAGUCCAAAAUGCCAGUUUACAUAAUGAUCAUCCCACAGAUUACCUAAAUGAAAUCCUAAAAGCUGAAGCGUUGAGAAAAAUGAGGGAGCUUUCAGAGAAUGAUGGGACAUCCCAGAGGUUCGGGCUAUCAAAUGAUACUCUGCUGGCCACUAUUACCAAUCUUGCUCAAAAUCUGACAAGAAAUCCAUCACCGCAGUUAUCCACCCCUGAUGUUCAGCAACUUUUACUGAAGCUCAAAAGCCCCCUGGAUUUUAAUCAAAACCCAAAGUGUGAUCAGGUUAAAAAAGAAUUACGUGAUCAGAUUUUAGCUGGGGACAUUCUCAGAAGGGGCGAUACGUGUGAAGAACCAGUUACUGAUGCAAACACUGCUUCGGAAAUUUCUGGAGUCCCUCAAGUUGCAGAAAGAUGCCAAAGCGCUGGAAAUUCUGUGGUAAUUCAGAAGAUCACUGAGUGCAAUGCCCAGUCUAGCAGUGGGGGGACAACCACUGUAGCCCCUUCCCAGAGUGAAGGAACAUUGCCUAUGCAGUCUGCAAAACAGGCAGAAGGUUCUUCCAUGGGUUGUGGAAAUUUGGUAUUGGGGAAAUGUAUGACAGAUAACAAAGAUGAAUCCCCUGCUUUGUCUACUGGUGAUGAAAAAGUAAUGGAAAUUAUGGAAGCAUUACAGAGAUUGGAUCUAGAUAAGAAAACCUUUGAAGAUCCGUCUACUGCAGAUGGUUGUUCACCUCUGAAUGGUUCUCAUUGCAAUGAAGAAUCCCCAAAUAAUAUUGAUUCUUUGAAACUUAUAGAUGUAAAUGGAACAAACAGACCAUAUAUUUCGGAAAAUGUCUCAAAACCAUUCUUGUGUGAAAAAGAGGGUUGCAAGUAUGGAGCCAUGACAAAGGAAGCACUGUUCAAACACCUUUCCAGGGUACAUGGCUACACUAAUGAUAUGAUUAAGGAACUGAAGAAAGGCCCAGCAAAGUUUGCUCCCUAUUGUUGUCAUUUAUGCGAAAAGACGUUCACCAGAACCACAAAUCUCAGAAUACAUUGUGAGAGUGUCCACAAACUGUCACGGGAGGAGUUUGUUAAGCAGAAAGUGUACUUUCGGUCAAAGAAAAUGGCAGUAAAAGACAUUCCUGAGAGGGAGUCGAGCAAUAACCAAACUGGCGUAUGUCAAAUGAAUCCAUCCUGUUCCCAGAAUGUCUCUCUAAACUAUGCAACAUCUAAAAUUAUUAUGGACAAAAGGCAUGAACCAUUAGAUUUAGCUUCUGUACAAAAUACAGGUCAUAAACAAAAAGCAAUAACACAGGAAUAUGUUUCUGGUUCUUAUAAAGAGCUGACCUCCACUCAACAGGUAACUAAUGCAAGCCAGUCUCCUAAUGUCCAACAUGCAUCUGCAGCUGGCCAGUGCUUAGAAAAGCCACCUGCCCGAGUCUCUGUAAGAUUAGCUGCAGCAGUCUCAAGUUCUUCAAGUUCCUCUCUUGAAAAUAUUGUUCCUAAACCAAAUCAACCCAAAUUUGUAAAAUCCAAAAUUGAAUGUCCACAAAAGACUAAAGAGAAAAAGGAUGAAAACCAUGAAAUGGAAGAUGCUUUCAGCCCCUACAGACCAUACCGCUGUGUUCACGAGGGAUGUAUGGCUGCUUUCACCAUCCAGCAAAAUCUGAUCCUUCAUUACAAGGCUGUGCAUCAGUCUGCUCUGCCGAAAUUUGACAUGCACACAGAGGAUAAUGAUCACAGUGAGGAUGACAGUUGUGAGGGGGAGGAUGAAGAGGCAAGGAUUAGCGAGUUCCGCUGCCAGGUUAAAGACUGCUCAAGGAUUUUUCCACAAAUAACUGGCCUGUUGCAACAUUACCUCCAACUUCAUGAGUUUUCUGUCAACAAAGCAAGUGCUCUGAUGUCUAGCAUUAACUUCCGUAGGUUCCAAUGUGAUCAGCAAGAAUGUACAUCAUCUUUCUCUGAUUUCCAGAGAUACAUUGAGCAUGUUGAAGAAAAUCACAAGGUGGCAACGAUGUCCAAGGCUGAUGGCAUAGAAGAAAUUUUCCGGUGUGAGUAUAGUGGGUGUGACCGUGUGUAUUCAACACGUUCAAAUGUUGUGCGGCACAUCAUGAAUAAACACCAGAAUUUCUACAAGCUCCUAAUGCGAAAACAGAAAAGGCGUGAAAGGGAGCAGCAAGCCUCAAAGAAGUCUAAGGUGGCUGGAGUGAAAACAAACGGUGGGAAAGAGAACAGAGAGAACCAAAAACACGGGCAAAAGGGGAGUAACAGGAAGCGAAAUCCAAGACCAAGAUGCCACUGGACCAGUUUCGGAAAGCCCUCCCUGAAGUCCCGAGAGGAAGCCUCUGGGCUGUGCACCAAGAAAUUUGCCUUGCAAUAUCCUUGCAUGCUGAAGGGCUGCGAUUGUGUUAUGAGCUCUGAACGGAAUGUUCUCAGACACUAUGCUUCUCAUGGUCUUACUGAACGAUACAUAGAGGAACAGAGAAGUGGUUUCAUAUUUUGCAAGAAGUACUCGCGCUCAAGACUAAGGGACACAGAGGAGUCUGAGGAUGACACCACAGAAAUCUCAGAGAACGAUGAUGUGGAUGAGGCAGGAGCUGAGGAAAGAGAGACUGAGAGUUCCAAACGCACCUGCAGAAAAGUGGAGAGCCCUGAGCUGCAUGAGGUCAAGCCGCUGUCAAAUGAAAGUACUGAAACCAAAUCGACAGAAUCUGUUGUAAUCAAGCGCAAGAGGGGACGGCCCCGAAAGGUGGACAGUAUGGAGAGGAAAAUAGUUGCUUCAGGAAGCAGGAGGGGGAGCUUGAGAAAUGGAACUAAUAAAGUCAACCGGGUGGGCAACCGUGCAGACCGCCUUGGUGUAGUAAAAGGACAAAAGGGGCAACCAGAGAAGACCAUGUCUUUCAGUUCCUUCAAGCCGAUGGGUUUUGAGGUGUCCUUCCUUCAGUUUUUAGAGAAAUCUGCAGAGCCUACACAUCCAGCAAAAAGGAUAGCCAGUGAAGGACUCUCCAAUGAGAUGCCAUCGAAGCGGCGUCGCACACUUCAACAAAGAACAGUUAACAUAAUUUGCGAGAGGCCUAAUUUGCACAGGCGUGCAAAAGGCAAUCAAAGCUUGGUUGAUUUUAGAAACCCCCUCAAGCUGAAGUAUGUGAAGAAUGUGAAAAUUGUGGUUGAUGGAACAUUUUCCAGUGGUGCUGAUCUUGUGAUGAAGCAGCUACAAGAGAUGAGACCUAUGGUGAUACUGAAAAAGUGGUUGUAUAGUUGAGCAGCAAAGGUUGAAUGAUUUCACUGUCAAUGACUCAUACUCAGGACUAGAUAUUAUGCUGCAAAUUAUCUAAAAUUUGUUUUUAGAAUAAUGCAUUUUUUUCUCCUCCAAAGAAAAAAAAUGCGGUAACUGUAUUGGUGAUUCCUUGUCUGGCAUACUUGAAAGCGCCACAUGUCUUUACUUAGAAUAAUGUGGCUGAUUUUAAAGUUUGUGAAAAUGAUUUAGCUCUUGAAUACUAAAUUUGAAUGCGUUUGUAUGAUAAUUACGUCAUAUGUUAUGAACUUGUGCUUGAAUGUUUGCAUUUUUAAGCUUCUCAUGAAAUAUGUUGCCUUUGCUAAUUUCAAUUUAAAAAAAAAAAAAAAAAAGGGUCCGAGUUUUUCAGUCAAUACACAAAUAAAACCGUUUGUCAAAGCACUGCUUAUUCCCAAGAAUAGUUCUCUCCCCUCUUAAAAGCACCUUGGAUAAUGUGGACAACCUAGUGAGUAUAUUGGUAUGCUUUACGCAUGGUGACAAGUUCAAGGACUCAUUAGGAUUUAGCGGUUUUGUCCUCCAUACAUAUGAUUAAAAAUCUCAUUUGGAUUUUUGAACUGACUUUGCAUUUAACUAGUUGGAUUGAUAGGUUGUGAAUUUUUAUAUAUCCCUGUGGGACAACUUUAUAACACAUAAAUGUAAAAUGUAAGUAUAUAUUCCACUUUUUCCAUAGUGUGCUUUGUGUAUAGUCUCGAGUUAGUCUCCAUAAUUUAAAAAUGAAAAUUGUAAGGUAUUACAUUUUGUGUAUUCAUUAUUUGAAUUGACCACACCAGUGGUCCAAGUCAGGCCAAUUAAACAUUGUUUUAUUACA